CCGAUUUCCGUGGUGUGCCAAACCGGAGCUGGCGUGACGUUGCUGCUAUCGGCCCUUGUUUGCGUGGUAUAGUUUCUACCAAGAAGAUUAAUAGUUGAGCUUCUCUCUGCCAAUAUCACCAUGAAGUGCUUCAUCCUGCUUCUUCUGAUUGGGGCUUGUGCUGCAGCAGCUAUCGAAGAUGACACCAAGGCAUUGGAAGCCUUAAUGCAAGCGAUUGACAGCAAUGAGGACGGAGAGAUGGAGACCAAGGUGGAACCUUCCCUGAAGAACCGCAUCUCCACAGGAUCGUGGGGACACCACCACCACCGUCACCACCACCACCACCAUCACCAUCACCACCAUCACCACCAUCACUACCAUCACUACCAUCACUGCAAACGAGAUGAGAACAACUCAGAUGAGUUUCCGACUGAGGGUGAUGCCACUUCCUUCAUGACAAGUGCUGACGAGCGUAAGGCCAACAUCAUCCAUGAGUAAUGUUGCCACGAGGGAUGCUUCUGGGAGGAAAUCUUGGAACAUUGCUAUAGAUGCACAUCAAAUUAGUAGCGAAUUCGUUCAUUUUAUCUAGAUAUCAUGUACUAGUUUUGCUUAUUUUUGAUUUCUCUUUAGGAUUAAAGGUGGUAUUUUUUGGUUAUUUUUUAAGCGGUUGUCUAUCGUGUAUAUCACACAUUGUUUCUGAUAAUUAAUACUUCAUUCAAACAAUAUUCAAAUAAUACUAAACAAGAUGGUGGAUUAAAAACAAAAACACCGGAAAAAAACUGUAAAGUUCUUGAGUAACGCAUGACGUAAACGUAACAGCAGAAUAAGAAGGAGGGACGUUGCUUGCUGGUUCGAGCACGCACCUCCAUUUUGUAACUGCAUUGUUUUUCAAAUAAUAUUCCCUAAAUAAUAUGAAACUUCUAUAAUGAAGAAUUUUGGGAAAAGCGUUAAAAACAAAACUGCAAUUUCUCCACGAGGACAGCCGCUUUGUUUAAAUUCUUAUUUUGUUGCUCUCGUUUAUCUUUCAAAAUAUGAAAGUCAUAAUUACUCUGUGAAAUCAACUUGAGUUUGAAGGCUGUUCGAACCAAUAUAAGAAACUAUAGUCACGUAUAUAGCAAAAGCUAGUUUGACGACCCGCUGCAACUGCGGUUUUACAUAAAGUCAUUAAAAAGCAUUUUGUCCAAUACUUGAGAGAAAGGAAGUGGCAGAGCUCUAGCUGCAAAUAUUACAAUUAAUUUUGGUUUAAGUAGACCUUCAUCAUAAAGUACGCAUAUCUGGUAAAGUUUUGGCGUAGUAACAAACUUCGGUCCGAAUAGUUACCUGAAGGUAGAACUAUUAUUCUUGCAAUGAACCUGUCGCUAACUUUAGCAAGUUUAAAAAACGAUUACAAAAACAGCGUAAUACAAUCACUUACUUAUGCGAUCACGAACUUGUUAUUCAUCACCAAAACAUGUUUUGCGUCAAUCUAAUCUAUUUUUGCUCCUAGAAUAGAUCGGGUUUUACUCUAUAAAGUUGAUCGUUAAAAGUAAAAUCUUAAGACACUGUGCAAUGAUUUCUAUUUACAGACAGAUAAAUCACUGUAGACUCGUAUCUUACUACCGUAAUUCUUUCAUUGCUUCAGGUUAUCUCUAACUUUUAUUUCAACUUUCAAAUUACACAUUUACUGAACGACUUCAUUAAAUUAAGUAGCAAAGCAAUCUG